AGAGGGAGGGUCUUAAAUAUUUCGCGGGAUUCACAUUGGCUAACAAAUACAAUACUGUGACUGUAAGAGAAACGCUUUUGUGAUUGCAAAAAAUAUUUGUGCCAGAGACGCUAUGCUGACGUCGAAGUUGCUGACCCUGGUUCUGGUGGUGCAGCCCGGGCGAGUGCUCCUGGGGAUGAAGAAGAGAGGCUUUGGGGUCGGCCGAUGGAACGGGUUCGGGGGUAAAGUGCAACCAGGAGAAACCAUCGAGGAGGCAGCAAGGAGGGAGCUGCUGGAGGAGAGCAACCUAACAGUUGACACACUGGCGAAGAUUGGACAGAUUAAAUUUGAGUUUGUGGGAGAAACCGAGGUGCUUGACGUUCACAUUUUUAGAGCUGACAGUUUCCACGGACAGCCAGCGGAAUCAGAUGAGAUGCUGCCGCAGUGGUUUGAUUGUGAUAAAAUCCCCUUCCAUCAGAUGUGGCCGGAUGAUGUUGACUGGUUCCCUUUGAUGCUACAGAAGAAGAAAUUCUUGGGCUAUUAUAAGUUCCAGGGCCAUGAUAUCAUCCUUGAGAAAAAACUUGAGGAAGUGGAGAAACUUUAAAGAAACACAGGAUAGAAUGCAGAAUUUAAAGGUUGCAUUCAGUGUUGGGCAGCAUCCAUUUGGGAUGGCUAGCACCCUCGGUUUGAACCAGCAUCUGAAAGAUGUAAGACAUUGCAGGCUAAGCCACUUCAGAUAGUAUCUUUUUUUUUUUUUUUUUUUUUUUUUUUUGCAUACAGUAGGGGAUUGAGGAAACAUCCUCGACAUCGGGUCAACAUUUCACCUGUCACAAAUAAUGUGUCUUGACAGCAAAACAAAAGAAACCUGCGAGCCUUGAACUGGUUGAACGGAUGAUCUCUAUUACCAGGACACUGCGGAGGACACCUGUAAGUGUUACAGGACAAUCUGCUUAUUCCCCUUGAAUUAUGGUUUUGGGUGUGAGUACCUCCUCAUCCUAGCUUUUAUUCAUAUUUGAAGAAUUGUUGCUUUCAGCAACACAGUGUUUCCCUGAACCUCUCUUUUUGGCUUGCAUCUUUAGCAAGUUGCCCGCUGAUAGGAGUGUGCAUGACUUUAGUUAUACUUUACACAAACACAGAAGGGUACGGUGUUGGGAUCUACUAGAAAGUUUUUUUCUUUUUCUAUUCUUUUUUUUCUUUUACUGAGCUGUCUGCUUUUUUCAUGAUUUUAAAGACACACAGGUUUUACAAGGAAUUCCCAUUUUCUCAAAAAGUGCCGGUUGCUUGAAAAAUAUUAUAAACUUCCAUGACUUGAAGCACCAAAUAAUAAAACCUAUAGUAAUACUACAGAAAAGGGGUUUAUUUGACCAGUCUGCACCCCACCGGGACAAACCACAUCAGGAUUUGAUUUGAGCAUUUUACAGCACCAGGGAAUUUCCCUGGAUUUCACUGAGCACGUAGUUUUUAGUGAAUAACCAUGGAUACAAUCUAGGGGUGUUCCUCAGUGCUGUAAAAUACUCCUGUGGUUUAUCCUGGCACUGUAUAGGUUAAUCAGAUCAACCCCUUAGAAAAGUUAACAAAUGCUUCAACUAAAUAGAUUCAUAUGUGUUCACUGAUGAUGAUAAAUCUACCCUGUUCUGUUAGUAUCAAACGCUCCAAAAGGCAUUCGACUCUUAUUUCCUUGGUGUUAAGAUAUUAAACUAGAAAAAUCAAUUUUCUCUAUCUUCUGCCAAUACUGCAGUGUUGUAAAUCUAAGAAAGACUAUGGUGCAGGCUGAGACUUUAUAUAUGUCAACAAGGUCUUUGUCUAAUGAAAGAGCUUUGGAUUUAGACUUUUUAAACUCCUCAUGCUUUUUCUUUACUUAAAUUGGCAGCUUCACCCAAGACAGUUGUGUGAAUUUAACUAGAUUGUAAGAAUUAUUUUCAGCUCUUCUCAGAUUUUUUGUUCCACUGGGGCCAAAGCAAUUUGUUUAAUUUGUAUUCAGGUGUUAAGUGUAUGCCUUGCAUUGUGAUGCCAUCACCAUCAGUCAGCAGGUGAGCAGUAAAGGAGAUCAACAUUAUAAACAGGGCUUUUUAAUCCACACUAUCAAGUCGCUGAAAAGUACAAUUAUAUUUUGCAAUUAUUAAUUUUACCAAUUUAUCAUAAACUAUAUGGGGUUUUUUUUUGUUUUGUUUUUACUAAAGUGGUGCAUAUUGUAUUGAGAAAUAUUUGUUUAAUAGAAAAGUCCAUUCUUCUAUGUGGGGUUGUGAUUCAUAACUGAAUAUUUACCUUCUGUCUGUGCUGAGUUGUUAUGGGUAGUAUGAAAAGUGCUUUAACAUAGCUGUUACUGGUCAAUGUCAGAUAUAUCAAACUGGGGAAAGGCAAAAAGAUCAAAUAACUAAGAGGAUGGGGAUAUAGUUAAAAGGGUCAGAAUUGCUGAUGCUGUUCUUUGCUCAUCUACACCAGAACCUCAAAUCGAAAUGCCUUUCGACUUCCCUGAACUCAAUCAGUUUCAAUUGAGGAACUGCUUUUCUAUAAACGCUUGUGGAGAAUUUUAGAACGCUGAAGACAUUGUACAGAGAUCUAUUCUAGUGCAGAUAUACAGCUCAUGAUACUGCACAUAUACUUGGGUUUGCACUUAAUUAGAAAAAAUAACUUGAUGGCAAAAAAAGCUGUUGUACUGCCCUGCAAGAAAAAAAGCAUGCAAAUGGUUUUGAAGACAGAAGAAGCCAGCAAUAACUAUGAUAAACUACAGUGCUUGUUAUAAAAGCCUUUAAGCCACCAGACAACACAGUAACUGAUUUAGUGGCUAUCUGAAAGCCUGGAAUUGUGUAUGUGGUUCUGUUAUUGGCUAUGUUUCAUUCUUUAAUGUCAUUUAGAAUUGUGUCUAAAAAGUACAUAGUCCAUAUGUAACUACUUCUGUAAUGUCAAACAAGCCUUUGAAAUAAAUCUCAAAUUGUAAUGAAAGAAAAUGUUUUCCAUCAUUUAAAACUGACAACGUCCUGUUUUCAAGAUGUCAUUCACCAAAACAU